AUGUCUAUGGAUUUCUCUACUUUGGCUCAGCAAUUCACUGAGUUUUAUUACAACCAGUUUGACACUGACAGAACUCAGUUAGGAAACCUGUACAGGGAUCAAUCCAUGCUAACCUUUGAAACCUCGCAAUUACAAGGUGCUAAGGAUAUUGUUGAGAAGUUGGUAUCUUUACCAUUCCAGAAAGUUUCCCAUAGAAUUACAACGUUAGAUGCUCAACCUGCGUCUCCAAAUGGCGAUGUUUUGGUGAUGAUUACAGGUGAUUUGUUAAUUGAUGAUGAGCAAAAUCCACAAAGAUUUUCCCAAGUUUUCCACUUGAUGCCAGAGGCUAACUCAUACUAUGUAUUCAAUGAUAUUUUCCGUCUAAACUAUUCAGCUUGA